AUGGCUGCCCGAGAGCUUCGUCAUGCUAAACGUGUAUUAGCUAUUACUGGUGCUGGUAUAUCUGCCGAUUCUGGACUGCCAACCUAUCGUGGCAUUGGCGGUCUAUAUAGUGAUGGAAAAGAGACCGAAGACGGCAUGGCGAUCGAGGAAGCGCUCUCCGGCUAUACAAUGAACACGCGACCAGAUAUCUGUUGGAAAUAUAUCUAUCAAAUUGAAUCCGCUUGUCGUGCUGCCAAACACAACGCUGCACAUGAAGCACUUGUUGCUCUUCAAUCGAAAUUUGAACAUUUUACUGUACUUACACAAAAUGUUGAUGGUCUACACAGAAGUGCUGGUACAAAAAAUCUUAUAGAAAUUCAUGGCAAUAUUCAAGAUUUAUAUUGUACUUCUUGUCAUCAUGAAAAACAUGUUAAUAACUUUGAAGGUAUGAAAAUUCCACCAAGUUGUGAGCGGUGUGGUUCACUCGUACGUCCACGUAUCGUAUUAUUUGGUGAGAUGUUACCAAUGCGUGCAGUAAAUCAACUUUAUCAAGUAAUGGAUCAAGGUUUAGAUGCUGUUAUUACCAUUGGUACUACUAGUGUAUUUCCAUACAUUGCGGAACCAGUACUACGCGCCGCACAAAACAAUGCACUUACAAUUGAAAUCAAUCCGGGCGACACUGAAGUAUCAGAUUUUGUACGAUAUCGCCUACGUGAUCGAGCUAUUAACAUUUUACCUGAGUUACUAAAACAUCUUUCAUAA